AUGCUUCACUUUAGCUUUUGCGCCCUUGUUGUCCUUGUUGCUUCUGGCAUUACCCAUGCCGCUGGCCAGGACGUGUCGCUCAUGAGCACUCAAGACUUCCUUGCCCAGCACCCUCAGAUCGCCGUCGGCCGCGAGGCCCUUGACAAGGCGCGCGAGAACUUUGACGACGCCCUCACCUUUACCGCCGUCGACAAGCCCGCCGUCAAUGUGAUUGUCGUGCAGGCUUUUGCCGCGGGCGCCGACGCCGAGGACUUCAACGCCGCCCUGUACACCGUGGCGCUGAUUGGCGACGACAAGGCCGAAAAGGACUACUCCGAGCUCAGCGGCCAGCACAAAUCCCUCAUGAGCCCGGAGGAGCGCGUCGCGCCGCAGGUUUGCAAGCGUCAGCCGAUCGACGACCUCUUCAAGCGGGCGUCGGGCUGCAAUCAGUUUUGCGGAACUGUGCGCGACUGCACGCGCGACCGACGCUGCCCAUCUUGCUACUAUGUCCGCGGCAACUGUCGCUGGCAGAAGUGGUGCCGCCCUAGAGCUGGCCUGUAA